GGGGCUGAGGUGCCUCUUCCCUCUUUAACAACUUCUUAAAUCCUUACGCCUCUCUCGGACGAAUUUUUGCUUUUAAUGCCUUCAGCAGCUACCUGGAAUUUAAAUCACCUUGCUUUCCGAUCACUGUAAAACCUCGCGCUUCAGUCUGAGGGACGGGUCUCUGUAUAGUUAUCACGCCUGCGUGGCUCAGGUAUCGCGAGAAGGCGACCACUUUUCGCGGUAUUUCCUUGUUACCAGAAUCCUUAGCGCGGAAAAAAUACUGAUUUAGCUCAGCUUCGGUUGAGUAGCACAGCUUUUACUGCGGCUGUUUUUUUGGCUUCAGUGUUGCUGUUUCUCUGAGGGAAAUGGCGGCUCCUGAGCAGCCGCUGCCGCCCAUGUCGAGAGGAUGCCAGAGCUCUGCUUCGCUUUCUCCGCCGCGGGGCGACCGAACCCUUCUAGUGAGGCACCUGCCAGCCGAGCUGACCGCGGAGGAGAAGGAGGACUUGCUGAAGUAUUUCGGGGCACAGUCGGUGCGCGUCCUGUCCGAUAAGGGGCGACUGAAACAUACAGCUUUUGCUACUUUCCCUAAUGAAAAAGCAGCUGUAAAGGCAUUGACAAGACUCCAUCAACUGAAACUUUUAGGUCAUACGUUAGUCGUUGAAUUUGCAAAAGAACAAGAUCGAGUUCAUUCCCCAUGUCCCUCUUCAGGCACUGAAAAAAAGAAAAGGUCUGAUGAUCCUGUGGAAGAUGAUAAAGAAAAGAAAGAACUUGGUUGUUUAACCAUAGAAAAUGGGAUUGCACCAAACCAUGGGCUGACUUUUCCUCUAAAUUCAUGCCUCAAGUAUAUGUACCCACCACCUUCAAGCACAAUCCUAGCAAACAUAGUAAAUGCUUUGGCAAGUGUGCCUAAGUUCUAUGUACAGGUGCUUCAUCUUAUGAAUAAAAUGAAUUUGCCCACACCUUUUGGACCAGUUACUGCACGACCUCCCAUGUAUGAAGACUAUAUGCCAUUACAUGCACCUCUUCCACCUGCAUCUCCUCAGCCACCGGAGGAACCUCCUUUGCCAGAUGAGGAUGAGGAAUUAUCUAGUAAAGAAUCAGAAUAUGAAAGCAGUGAUGAUGAAGACCGGCAAAGAAUGACCAAACUAUUGGAACUAGCAAAUCUUCAGCCCAAAAGACCAAAGACAAUAAAGCAACGCCAAGUGAGAAAAAAGCAAAAAAUAAGGGAUAUGUUGAAUAUACCUUCAUCUACUUCACACAGCAGUUUACAUCCAGUGCUGUUACCUUCGGAUGUAUUUGACCAACCACAGCCUGUAGGUAGUAAAAAAAUUGAAUUCCAUAUAUCUACCGACAUGGCAGCUGCAUUUAAGAAAGAUUUAGAAAAGGAACAAAAUUGCGAAGAACAAAAUUGUGAUUUAUCCGCUACUGAAGUUGAUGCAUCCAAUAUAGGAUUUGGAAAAAUCUUCCCAAAACCUAAUUUGGACAUUGCAGAGGAGAUUAAAGACGACUCGGAUGAAAUGCCAUCAGAAUGUAUUUCUAGAAGGGAGUUGGAAAAGGGCAGAAUUUCUAGAGAAGAAAUGGAAACACUUCCAGUUUUUAGAAGUUAUGAGCCUGGUGAACCAAACUGUAGAAUUUAUGUAAAGAAUUUAGCUAAACAUGUUCAAGAAAAGGACCUUAAAUUUAUUUUUGGAAGAUAUGUCGACUUUUCAUCAGAAACACAACGGAUAAUGUUUGAUAUACGCCUGAUGAAAGAAGGUCGCAUGAAAGGACAAGCUUUCAUUGGACUUCCAAAUGAAAAAGCAGCAGCAAAAGCCUUAAAGGAAGCUAACGGAUAUGUUCUUUUUGGAAAACCUAUGGUGGUUCAAUUUGCUCGAUCUGCUAGACCAAAACAAGAUUCUAAAGAAGGAAAAAGAAAGUGUUAAAAAUUAAUAAAGAAGCAUUCCUGCGUAAAUACUGCUGUAAUACUGUCAUACAAAGUGUAUCCUUUCUUGUCGUAUCCUUUUUGGGGCAGUGUUUU